GUUCCAUAUGAAUGCAAUGCUUCCCAAAAUGAAGGGUUAUGUUUACUGGGCCUCUCUGUACCCUCCACAUGAACCUAUGAUGUCAAUCCCAUGUUUAUUACAAUGAUUCUUGAAUAAAAUUAAACUUUGAGAACAUAGUGAAGAUGGAUCCCUCAGGAGCCGAAGAAGAGGAAGUCGAUGAGAUCUUGGCCAACAGUGGGAAUGAUCGCCCUAAGAUGAACGCCAGAGUCCAAGCGAGCGUGCUCACCAAGAACGCCGAAACUCAAUUCGGGAACGCCUUCAUCAGAGGUGGGCAGUUAUUGGGGCCGUCUGUAUCUAGCUAUCAAAGAACAGAUGAAGACCCUCUCAUCAUUAUUUUAGGAGAGUUCGGGAGGUGGCAGUUCCUGAUAACACUGCUCCUGUUCUUCUUUAACCUGCCUUGUGUUUUUCAAUUAAUGGUUUCCGAGUUCGAAGGUGCUUUUUUAGGGGACUUUUGGUGCAAGAGACCUGACAACUUAAAAAAUGUAUCAGUAGAGAAGUGGAAGGAAAUAAGUGGUGUCCACAAGACAACUGAAGAAAGUGGUUAUGAUCCUUGCCAUCUCAAGAACCUUAACUACCAUAGCCUGGACCCAGAAAAUCCCAAGACAUGGAUGAUCAUUGGACCAGAUAUUAGUUGCGAUAAUUGGGAGUACGGCCAUACUAAAGAAUCCAUAGUGUCUGAGUGGCAAUUGCCCUGCGAGAAAAUAUCGCCUACUAGCCUGGCCGAAUCUAUGUUCGCAAUUGGUGGUUGCAUCGGCAGCAUAAUGACUGGUUACUAUGUUGACAGGAUCGGUCGGAGGAAGCUGCUCCUGAUAUCCCAAGGCGUGCAGGCAAUGGUUAGCUUCAUGACCGCCAUCACUCCUUGGUAUUCGGUCUACUUGAUAUUGAGAAUGAUUCAGGGCUUCGUCACCACGGGCAACAUUUUUGCCAAUGUCAUUCUUUGCCAAGAGAUUACUGGUAGGAAUUGGAUGGGACUUGUGGGCGCCUCUUACAUGUAUUCUUAUCCCCUUGGAUACAUUAUUGUAGCCGUACUAGCUCAACAUUUUGAAAAAUGGCGUCAUCUUCACUAUGCUGUAACAUUUCUUUCAAUCACACUCCUGGCAACCUGGUGGGUGAUGCCAGAAUCUCCCAGAUGGCUCUGGGUUCAAAAAGAUAUACACAAUUUAAUCCAUCUCCUUGAAGAUGCUUCCCAUAUAAACGGACAUCAAACACUUUCCCAUGAUGUUGUUCAUAACAUAAAAACGAAGGGACCGAUGCUGGUGCCAGAUAAAAUAUUAAGAGUACACUUGAAAGAUCUGUAUGCUACACCUGUCAUGAAAAAACUAUCAAAAACUACCCCGUUCCUCUUUUUCUGCACUUAUUUUGCUUAUUAUGGAAUUGUCUUAAGGUUGAACGGCAUGUACACCGUUGAUGUGUACCGUACUGUGUUGUUUACAGGGAUAGUUGAAUUCACAGCUACUUCGGUUUGCCUCGGUCUCUCGGGGCGUUCAUGGAUCAACACCACCACUGUCAUAUUUUUCUCAUCCAUGUCUGCUGGAGUACUGUGCCUAUUCAUUAACGCCCUUCCAGGGAUGUCCGAUGGUAUACCCUAUUGUUUGGUGUUUGCUCGAUUUUUCAUGUCGAUGACGAAUGCCAACUUGCUGACCUGCGUCACCGAACUUUACCCUACUAAGAUGAGAGCACUCGGGGCUGGCUGGGCCAACAUGUACAUGAACCUAGGUCUCCUGUGCACAGCUAACGCUGCCAAGCUUGUGAAAGUGAGAGAAGGUAUGCCUGUCUUUUUAAUGGGACUGUCAGGCAUGGUAGCUGGCCUCCUUGUUCUCUUCCUCCCUCCGGCGCUGUGGUAUGGUAUACCAGACAUCGUAGAACAGAUGGAAACACCAUAUGUUAUCAUCGGCAGGUGAACUGAAUGUUUAGGGAUUUUAUGACUGUGUAUAUGUUCGUCAUUCUUAUUUUAUUUUUUUAAAAUAAAGAAAUAUUUAUUGUAAAAACAACAAUAAUUACAGUAUAUAAGGCGAUUAAAAUAAUAU